CAAACGCGUCGACCAAUCGCCUUCUCGUCGUGCGCCGAUCCGUUUUCCCGCGGGAGCGGGAAAUUGAUUGGCUAAAGCGCUCGUGACGUGUUUAACCGCCAUCUUCUCUGAAGUUGCGAAGUGCAGUUCUUCGUUCUUUGUUGCCUGUGGUCGUGUGCCCGAUCUUAACCUGACUUUUUACCUUUACGUCUUUUUGGAUGAGACUUUUUUGCAGCGCGCGUCUCAAAUUUCGACGAAAUUGCGCUCGCUCGACACAUUCGCGAGCGGAACGAAAGAGAGAAAAGAGCGCCGCGCUUGAAAGAGAGAAGAGAGAUUGAUUUUUUCAAAUGACAAUUGUUGCAAUGGCUAAUUGUCCGGUUCACGCUUCAAACUUGUGGAUUUAUCAAUUCGGUCAGAUUUAUACAUUCGUUUCGUCGUUUAAAAAAAUGCGCGAUUGUACGCGCGCGUCGUGAAGAAAUGGCAGAGGAGCACAGGAGGGUUGAGUCUUAAGAAAUGAACGUUUGAAUCAUUGACACGAGAUGAACUUAACACUACUGUCUGUUUUGAUAUUAUGGCGACUGACGUCGGUAUUUCUGGUGCAAACUGCUUUUGUGCCAGACGAGUACUGGCAGUCGCUGGAGGUGGCCCAUCAUUUGGCGUUCGGCUACGGACAUCUCACGUGGGAAUGGACGGUCAUGAUUCGCAGCUACAUGUAUCCAUUUCUCAUCUCAAUUCUCUAUCGUGUGCUCGCAGCGCUUUCUCUGGAUUUUGUCUCUCUCCUGACGACACUGCCCCGAGUUUGCCACGCUGUGCUCGCCGGAUACGCGGAUUAUUGCUUUUACAAGUGGACCAACAGCAGAUGGAUGUUGUACGUGUUGCUUUUAAACUGGUUCUGGUAUUAUUGCGCCACCAGAACGCUGAUAAACUCCGUGGAGACCGCCUGCACCAUCAUCGCGCUAUCGAUAUUCCCGUGGAGAUUUCAUUGCAGUCACCGCGGGCUUGACGAGAGCACGAGGUUCUUGUGGAUCGUCGGUCUCCUCUGCAUGGCGAGACCCACCGCCGCGAUUGUAUGGCUACCUCUGUGCUUGUAUCACAUUUGUAUGAGCUCGGAAAAACGUACACUCCUAGUUCGAUACGCUUUAAUACUUUUUUCAUGUUUCUCGAUUUCCGUAUUGAUAGACAGUUAUUGUUACGGAACGUUCGUUGUGACUCCGUGGAGAUUUUUCCGAGCGAACGUGCUCGGAAGCGUCGGGAACACGUACGGCACGGAACACGCGUUCUGGUAUCUCGUUUCCGGCCUGUCCGUUCUGCUCGGUCUGUAUUACGUUCUGUUUGUUCUCUCAGUUUUGCGAAUAAUUCUUUUUACCCAUCAUCAUUUUCAGCGAGUGAAGAUCAUGAUCGCGACAAUCGGCUGGACCCUGUUCGUCUACUCGUUGCUGUCCCACAAGGAGCACCGAUUCGUUAUGCCGCUUUUGCCGUUGCUUAUAUGCACAGGUUACUACGGCCUGUACAAUCUGAGGUGCGCGAGAUUCGUGCGAAAUUGCAUCUGGACGCUUCUGAUACUCAGCAACGUCGCGCCCGGAUUGUAUCUGUCUCUGAUACAUCAGCGCGGCACUUUAGACGCGAUGAAGUUUCUGCGCGACGUUGAGAUUUCGCGCGCGAACUCCUCCUCGUCGACGCUGAUCCUGACCCCGUGUCACGCCACCCCGUUGUACAGUCAUUUGCAUGUGAACGCGUCGAUAAGAUUUUUAACGUGCGAGCCCAAUCUCGACAACGUUGACGAUUACGUGGACGAGGCCGAUCGAUUCUUCGCGGACCCGACGGCCUGGCUCGACGACAAUUACGUUCGAAACGCGAACGCUACAUUACCGACUUACGUGAUAACGUUCGACAAUACCGCGAGCAACAUAAGCGAUUUCUUGCGCAACUACAAAUUGAUCGCCAAGAUAUUUCAUGCGCAUUUUCCGCAACCGAAUUACGGUGAGUACAUAUUGUUGUAUAAGUACGCGCUGUUUAUUUAAAAAAAAAAAAAAAAAAAAAAAAAAAAAAAAAAAAACAAUUCCACAAUACGCCAAGAGCACUCUCUUAUGCGGAUUUUUUCGUGCCACGUUUUAUACUUCCACGAAGUAUUCCACGGAGUUUCAACGCGAGUGAUAAAGCGGGUACGAAAUCUCUCCGCGAUGUGUGUCCAAAUAGCGUAACUACCUGCAAAGGAGGAAAUCUAUUAAACGGAGAAAAAUUAGAGAAGGACUCGAUUGGGAGGUGACGAGGUCGUUCCGAUUAUUUAUUCUGAAAACACAAUAAACGUGUCGCGCAACCAAUAACAGCGCCUUAUAUAGCGCUCGUUGUUUUGUAAAUCCUUUUAUUACACAUUGUAGAAUUGAUUUGUUAACAAUUGGCGAGAAGUCGCCAGUUUGUAAUCUUUUUCAUAUUGCGCUAAAAUGUACAGAAUAACUCAUUAUGGAAGUAUAUAAAUGUCUGUGACAUUCUUUGGAAACACUUCGUGUUUCUUCAUCGCGUUUCAUUUCCUCGCGCAUCCCAACUUUAGUAACGUCGUGCGAGUAACAAUCUUUUGCAAUUCCUUAAAUUGGUUCCUUCAGCGCGACGAUGGAAUGCAACGAGGUGGAAGUCCAAUGCCGGUGUUCUGGUCUUUUUUCUCUCUCUCUCUCUCUAUCUAUCUCUCUGUUGAGAGAUGACAAAA